AUGUCAGCGGUGGCGAGUGACACUCCAACAGAUGAAGACUACGAGGUGCUAACACCACAUAAGAAAUCAGGGAAGCCUCCCAGUUUUCUCAGGUCCCCGUACCGUUCAAGCCUUAGUAUGAAUCACAGGAAAGCGGCAUUGUCAGCCUGGAAGAUGCCAAGGGCAUCUUUUAGCGACACUCCCGGUGGGGAGACGGUCCCGGCUCGCUUCACGUCCCUCAGCAACCACCACGAACUGAGAUCAGAUUGGGACUUGACGCCAGAGUUUCCUAGACAUACCUUGCCCACCAGAAAACAUAUUCAGCGUUCAUCACACUACAUUUCCAGAGAGAAGGAAGAGAUGUAUAAUGAGAUCACACUUCUCAAGAAGAGUCUCCACGAGCAGAAGUCUGACAACCAGAAGAUGAAAGUCAAGCUUAGGCGUCUGGAAGAUGACAAUGUGAAGAGGGAAAAGCAGCUGGAGGAGCUAUUGGAUCCCACCAAUAGGUCCGAGUACAUACGCAGUUUGGUGGACAAGAAGCAUGAGGGCAGUGUGGUGGUAAAUGGUCUGAAACAGAGAAUACUGAAGCUAGAGCAGCAAUGUCGAGAAAGGGAAAACGCCAUUGGAAACCUGCAAAGUGAGUUAAGGGCUACUAACCUCUAUGAGAUGAGGACGACUAUCAGGAACUAUUAUGAAGAGAUCCAGAGACUGAGGCUGCUUUUGGAAGCUACAGAAAAAAGCGGUCUAUCAGAGAGUAAAGCGUUCCGCAAGCAGCAGAAGGCAUUGAGCUCCACUGUGCUACGUCUGUCGGAGGACCUCAAGCAACUGCAACUUGAAAACACCAAGCUCACAGAGGAGCUAGACACAGACUGUCCAGCCGCUGGCAUCAAAGGGUACAAAGAGUGGAGCAAACAUAGGCUUUUGAGGCGACUGCUUGAACUGGAGAAGAGGCUGGAAGAAAAAAACGCUCUAAAAGCAAGGUAUCGAUCAGAUCAGCCCUGUCAGACCACACCCGCCGUCGUUGAGCAAAGGGAGGUUCAGACCACGCCACCUGAGUGCCUGGACCUGGCUGUCCAGACCAUGGCUGUGUACACUGCUGACGCAGUAACAGAGACCCUAGAGGAAGAUGAUGUGUCAAGCCUAAAAGGAUGUUUGGAGCAGUUGGAGGCGGAAAGGACGCAGCUGCAGGCGGCGCUGACCAGUAAUGAAGAGGAAGUGAGAUGGCUAAGGACUCAACAGCAAGAAGUGGAGCAAAAAUCACGACUGCAGCACAACGAUGAAGUUGGGGAUUUAAAGAGGGAAAAAGAGGAGCUGGAAAAGCGACUGGAACGCUGGAGAACUGAGCAGACGAGCGAACGAGAAAUAGAGAAAAGGCGGCAUCAGGAGGAAGUGCUACAGCUGAGCAGCGAAAAAGAACAAGAAGCUGAAGGAUGGCGGUGUCAAAUGGAAAGAGAGCGACAGAAGCAAGAAAAGGAGCUGAGGCAGUUGAGGUCUCUGGUCCAAACUCUGAAGGAGACGGGAAAUAAUGCCUGUGAUGCUCCUGUCAUUGAUGAGGCGGAUGACGAUGACCAAGGGUUUGAGGGACACGAAGGCCUGAAGCUAGAUUCAGAAAACCUUGCCACAAGAAGGAAGUCCACAAGUGAAGCUGGAGAUUCCACAAAUCCACAGGAUGGAGAAACCCUAGAUGAGAGCUCGCUUGUCAGCAUCCAGGCUGCAUUCCGUGCCCACCUGGCUCGCACUCAAUACAUUGAACAGAGGUUUCCAGGAGGAGCCGCAUCAGAAUUUGAAGACAAUAUAGGUGCUGCAUGCGCUAAAAUGUGCAUAAACGAGGAGGAAGAGCUGCUGCCCGUCUCCAGGCCUCCUAGAACGCAGACACCGCCAAAAGCCCGAUUCCAGCUUGACGCAGUAAACGCCGACUCGGAGGACAUGGACAACUCUGACGAUUCGGACGACAUCAUUGUGGCUGAGUCCUACCCUCGGAGAAACCGAGAAGCCAGGCUCUUGUGA